CGCUAGGAGAAGGACUACACGCACACACUUUUCUAACACACGCACACACAUCAUGGCUAAGCGGCUCGGUGAAUGUCCAUUAUAACAUAACGGAACAACUUUAACCCAACGGGAUUCCACCGACCUCUCUGCGCUUCUCUCGCCCGCAUGCGAGUGCCUGUUUCCGGCCUGAGAAAUGCUGCUGAAAUGAUGAUGAUGAAGAAGCUCCUGACAGGAGGAGGCCACUGCCGAAGGUGCAGCCCUCGCUAGACGCACACUUCUGCAGCGCUCUACACCACUACCACCACUGUCAUCACCCCCGCCCCCCCCGAGUGUCUCCACUAUGGCCAACCACUUGGAGCUCAUCCAGGAGCUGCAGCAGCUGGACAAGGUGCCCAGUCUGGAGAGGCUGCGGGCGGCCCAGAAGCGGCGAACUCAGCAGCUCAAGAGAUGGGCCGUGUAUGAGAAAGAGAUGCAGAACAAGAAGCGCAAGGCUGACAAGAAGGGACGAAACGCCAACGGUCUCCAGCACGCCGAGUCCAAGAGGCGAGUGUCGUUUGCCGCCAGCGUGGCGCUUCUGGAAGCGUCGGCCAGGAACGACCCGGAAGAAGUGCGCUACCUGCUGAAGAACAACGUGAGCCCAGACCUCUGCAAUGAAGAUGGCCUCACCGCACUGCAUCAGUGCUGCAUAGACAACUAUGAGGAGAUGGUGAAGAUCCUGCUGGACCGAGGAGCCAAUGUUAAUGCUCAGGACAACGAGCUGUGGACGCCGCUGCACGCCGCCGCCACGUGUGGCCACGCCGGCCUGGUCAAGAUACUCAUUGCGCAUGGUGCGGAUCUGCUGGCGGUCAACUCUGACGGCAAUAUGCCCUAUGACCUUUGUGAAGAUGACCCUACACUGGAUAUUAUCGAGACAGCCAUGGCCAACAGAGGCAUCACCCAGGAGAUGAUCAACGAGACACGAGCGUCAACAGAGAGGAUGAUGCUGGGAGAUAUCCAGGAGCUCGUGCGAAUAGGAGAGGAGGUCAACCAACAGGACUCGCAGGGAGCCACACUGCUGCACAUCGCAGCAGCAAACGGUUACAUGCAGGCCGCUGAGCUGCUGCUGGAAGGGGGCGCUCGCAUGGAUCUGAGGGACUCGGAUGGGUGGCAGCCACUGCAUGCCGCAGCGUGCUGGGGUCAGAUGCACUUGGCUGAGCUACUGGUGUCUCAUGGAGCCAGUCUCAAUGCCAAGACUUUCCUGGAGGAGACCCCCAUUGAUUUGUGUGAGGACGAGGAGUUCCGAGCCAUCCUGCUUGACCUCAAGCACAAACAUGAUAUCAUCAUGAAGUCGCAGCUCAAACACAAGACCUCCCUGUGCCGGAGAACAUCCAGUGCUGGCAGUCGUGGGAAGGUAGUACGGCGAGCCAGCCUGUCAGACAGACACAACCUGUGCCGCAAGGAGUACGAGACGGAGGCCAUUGUGUGGAGAGGAGGGAGGGAGGAGGACAAAGAGGAGAAAGAGGAGAAAGAGAAGGAGUCUGAUCAGCAGGAGAACAUCCAUGUGCUUCAUGUAAAGCCAGUUGAAGCGGUGGAACUCCCCGACCAGCCCAAGCAGCCCACCAUCCUCAAAGAUGGCAGCACCAAACAGAACGGCCUCAUCUCCACGUCGUCGUGCGUGCCACCACAGCCGCUCACCCCAGGCCAGGGUGACAAGUGGCCUCACGAAAGACCUCAAACUCUUUCAGAGCUGAAAAAACAGAGGGCGGCGGCCAAACUGCUGAACCAUCCCUUAUUCAAUGGUCACCUCGGCAACGGGUCCACAGACUCCUUCAGCGAUGCCAAAGCCAACUCCGAUGAUCCCCGAAUGCCCCUCGUGUCGUCCAAUGGCAAUGCCGUUUUCUACACACCGGCCAGCGGUGACCCGCCCCUCCUCAAACUGAAACAGCCACUAGAGGAGGAGCAGCCAAAGUCGCGGACCUGCUGCUGUGUGUCAUAGCGCCCUCGUCAUGUGAAACGAUGGAACAGCAAGCAUUUGCACAGAUGGAUGAAUGGAAGUGGGUCGCAACGCAAUCAAUGGAUUCUCACUAAGGCUACGUUCACACUUGUCAUGUUAGGUAAAAAAGGAACCCGGAUGUACACAAGGAGACCGAGACUGCUUGAGAGAUGUGUCUUGGUCCGCUUGGAAGUGUACUCUAGCGUGGUUCGCUUCACUUGAGCAAGUGUGACUGUGACACAGACAGGGACCAGUAUUGAAAUGAAGAAUCCAGCAGAUGGAUGAGGAAGAAUUCUCAAGGUACACAAUUGAACUUCAUUCAAACAUUAUUGUGCUUUUUCAACAUGAAAAAAGUCAGAAAGCAAAUUCAGUAAAAAGCUAUGAAGCUAAUCUGGUGUAUUAUCAAAAGGGAAGGAAUGCCAUUUAAAAAAAAAAAAAAAAACUAAACAGUAUUACCACAUUCAGGAAGUGUACUUGGACACUCACCGUCCCUUUUUUUUGUGUCUGCCCUCCAACUGACAUUUUUAUUUAUGCACCACCCACACAGAGCUUUGUUGACUGUACAUUUAUUUAUAUGAUUAGAAAGCAUAAUGGCUCCUACAUUAUUUAUUGCUGCAGAUGGCGUGUGACUGUGAUACAGGAUGAGAAAGCACCUUCUGAUAUGAAAGUCAGUACAUUUAAGUGAAGAGCUCGGUGCUUCGCAGCAUGUGAUUCCAUCACUAUGAUCAACAGUGUUAGCCAAGUGCUGUUACCGUGUCGCCCCAAUGAAGGACACCCGCUAAGCACAUUGGCCCUGAUAUUUAACUAUAAGUUGCCUCAUCUCCUCGCCAGUGCCAAAGAGUCUUCCGUCAAAAGGUUUUAUUUCUUCCUGAUUUUCACACACAAUUCAAUGUCAUAAUCCAUUGUAAGCCCUUGUACAGAGUCAAUUAUUUGUAAAUGUUUGUACUAGUGUCCGGUCGUCUGUUCCCAUGAACUGUAUUCACAUCCAUUUGUGUCCUAAUGAAAAUAAAUGGAACCUGACUGAGUAACAUAGGAUACUGUAUAACGAUCCGUAUUGCUAAUCCCACAGUGUAGUCCGCUCAGGCGUCAGUGUCAUUGUUCAUGUUAAGUCCAUGUUUAGUCCUUAUUCACACUUGUUUUUUUCUGUUUGUUCAAUGAGUCCACCUGAUAGUAGCAGAUGUCCACUUAAGCUUGUCUGUGCUAGCUGCUGGAAUUAAAACGCAAGCAGAUCUCCCAUUUGUUUAUAAAGUAUCAUUGGAAGUGGCCACAAAGGGAUACAAGUCAGUUGUCAUUCACUGGCACGUUUGUAAGGAUACAAAUAUAAAAGAGGAACUACUGAUUUUAUAAUUACCGGAAAAUAUUGAUGGUGGCAGUCACACUUUUCAAAUAAAUUGUAUAUUUUGACGAGCUUACAUGGUCUCUUCUGAGUUGGGGAAGUGGUAAAGGUGCAAAAAUUUAGGGUAUG